UGUCAUUCUUAGCUACAGUAUAAGUGGGUGUGAAGAAGAAGGAUAACAACAACAAGUCAAAGUGUUUGGCUUAGAGCAAUGACUAACCGAGAAUGGAUUAGGAUUUUUCAGUCAAGGUCAAUACUGAAGAGGAAUAAGGGAGACCGCUGGCGUAUCGAGUUUGAUGAAUCCAUUAAGGCAGACAGUGUGCAAUCAGGCUGGCAUCAGUACAUCAGUGGGGCAUUUGGAAGGUUCAAGUGCUCCAAGUGUAACAGGAGUUGGUCCUCUGGCCGGGUGAAUGUGGUGUUUCACAUGCAGCUAUCGUCAGGGCAGGGAAUGGUGAAAGUGCGACGCUUGCGUCAGGAAUGCAGGCAAUGUGACGACGCUCUUAUGGAGGAGGUCAGUUUCGAUGAGGAGAAACUGGAAGUCCUACUGGAGAAACUGAUGGAGAAGAUUCGUAUCAAGUGCUACCGCGAGAACCUGGGCAAGAGAAACAGAUCUCAUUUCGAUGACGAAGACGAUGAAGGUCCCCCCCAUGAGAGUGCCCAUUGUGAAGCCUGCAGCAUGGGCCUUUGCACAAAGCGUUUCAAAGCCCGGUAGAAUAUGGUAGAAUUAGACUGGUAUACGCCCUAAUACGCUUUUGAUCAUAUUUCUCUUUGUUUACUUGUCUAUAUCUAGUGGUCAUUGGGUACACCUAAUGUCUGAUUGCUAAAGCUAUUUGUUGAUUAAAUAAAUGCAAUGAAACACUGGUGGAACUGAGUGGAAGAUAGGUGUGGCUGCACAGGGAAGCUUCCUCUACUAUGUGAGGUUAGAGAGGUAGAGAAGCUUCCUCUACUAUUGUGAGGUUAGAGAGGUAGAGAAGCUUCCUCUACUAUGUGAGGUUAGAGAGGUAGAGAAGCUUCCUCUACUAUGUGAGGUUAGAGAGGUAGAGAAGCUUCCUCUACAAUGUGAGGCCAGAGAGGUAGAGAAGCUUCCUCUACUAUGUGAGGUAGAGAGGUAGAGAAGCUUCCUCUACUAUGUGAGGUUAGAGAGGUAGAGAAGCUUCCUCUACAAUGUGAGGCCAGAGAGGUAGAGAAGCUUCCUCUACUAUGUGAGGUCAGAGAGGUAGAGAAGCUUCCUCUACUAUGUGAGGUAGAGAAGCUUCCUCUACUAUGUGAGGUUAGAGAGGUAGAGAAGCUUCCUCUACUAUGUGAGGUUAGAGAGGUAGAGAAGCUUCCUCUACUAUGUGAGGUUAGAGCGGUAGAGAAGCUUCCUCUACUUGUGAUUCCUUUGAAGAGGAAAUGGAUUGCCUGUAUUUUGCAGCUGUUCCAGUGUGUGUACAAACAAAGCUUUAUUACUGUCAUUGAAUUAUUCUGCUGGUACACCAACAAUACUGUUGGGUCUGUGUAUUUCCUGUCUUACUCCACAGUGUGUCUAUUUGUAAUUGUUAUGCAAUCUAAUGAAGCCAAAACAAGUUUUAUUGCGCAAGACAUUUGUUGUUGAUGGGGUGUGAUAUUAGGCGUGAACUACUAUAAGAAUAAUGUUCUCUCAAUGUGCAAGACACAGCAUGUCACUCUUUUGUAUUCUUACAUGGAUGUAUAUUACCCAUAACCACAAUAAACACACCACAUAUCCUCUUCCUCUUUCAUGAUGAUGACAUGACCUUUACGGUAACAGUGACAGGCCUGCACUGGCCACAACACCCCCAUUUGUAAAAGACAAUGCAAAUAAAACACAAUACAAAUAAAAUGGCUUUAUGAACUCA